UUCCCUAUCUUUCUACUGUCAAAAUCCUAUCACAUUUAAAUUUCCAAUUAAAUUUCCAAGUGUUUAUCGUCUUUUUUUUCAAUGCAUGUCUCUUAAAGUUUCAAGCUUUCACCUUGAUGGUUGUCAGAAAACAAUUUCAUCAAAGACCCUUUUGAAUAUUUCCAAACCCGUGGUUUGUUCAUGUGCAGAAAUUAUCAUCACUUUCUUCUUGAUACUAAAAAUUUAAGAAAAAUAUAUAUUCUAAUAUAGAAGCAAUUGACAUAGGGUUGAUCACAUAUUGUAGCACUAUAUUUUUCUUUUGGUUUCAAAUAUUGGAGGCCAGAAAUGUCUAUACAACAUGAAAAUCUUGAUACAAAUGAUGUAAUAUGUCCACAAAAAAGACUAACAAAUUUGAUGCAUGGUGCUGGAAACAAGUUUUGUGCUGAUUGUGGAACUCCAGAACCAAAAUGGGUAUCUUCAAGUCUUGGAGUGUUUAUAUGCAUCAAGUGUUCUGGCAUACAUAGAAGUUUAGGAGUCCACAUAUCAAAGGUUCUAUCAUUGAAGCUAGAUGAAUGGACAAAUGAACAAGUUGAUGCAUUAGAAAAGUUGGGUGGAAAUAUAUUAUUAAAUAAGAAGUACGAAGCUUUCCUCCCAAGUAGCAUAAAAAAACCAAGACCAAAUUCAACCAUUGAAGAGCGCUCCGAAUUUAUUCGAAGAAAAUAUGACUUACAACAAUUUAUGGAAGGUGGUGACAAUUUGUCAUGCUCCAUUGUGCCAUCUCAAGGAAGAAAUUUUUCACUUGCUCAAAGUAGCACUUCAUACUACAAUUCUUUUAUGGACAAGAAACCAUUUGAAAAGCAACCAACUAGAAAUCGUAUUGGGAAUGCCUUUCGAAAUAGUUGGGGAAGAAAAGAUUAUGAGCACAAGUCUGUAAAGAAGAGUACCUCAUUGGCAGGUAUGGUUGAAUUUGUUGGGUUGAUUAAGGUUAAUAUCGUUAGAGGCACUCACCUAGCUGUUCGAGAUGUAAUGACUAGUGACCCUUAUGUCAUCAUUUCUUUGGGUCAUCAAUCAGUAAAAACACGUGUCAUAAAGAAUAAUUUGAAUCCAGUUUGGAAUGAAAGCCUAAUGUUAUCAAUUCCAAAGAAUAUUCCUCCUCUUAAAGUGCUUGUGUAUGAUAAGGAUACAUUUUCAACUGAUGAUUUUAUGGGAGAAGCUGAAAUAGAUAUUCAACCUCUAGUUAUAGCUGCAAAGGCUUACGAAAAAUCAACAAUCAAUGAAUCCAUGCAGCUUGGGAAAUUUGUAGCAAAUAACGACAACACCCUUGUUAGAGAUGGUAUCAUAUCCCUUGAUGAAGGAAAAAUCAAACAAGAAAUAUCAGUGAGGCUACAAAAUGUUGAGAGAGGUGAGCUGGAGAUUGAACUUGAGUGUGUUCCUCUAACUCAAUAGUUGAAUAAAUGUUAAGGGUCAAAACUUAGACCAAAUUAACCAUAAUAGAGCUCAAAUUAUGAAAAUUUGAAUAUGCAGAUUGUCCUGCCUCUUUCUUUCUUGUACAUUAUUUCAUGAAUAG